AUGAGCUAUGUCCGUGUUUCCAUCAAGAUCAACUCUACCAUCACGGUUACUAUCGGCUCGAAUAUCGGCUCGAAUAUCGGUUCGAAAACAGAGACCGGUGUAGAAAAACAAAGCUGCUAUCUGUUAGCAAACCCAACUCAGAUGAAGCUCCAAAUUUGGUUGGACGUCAGAGUCUCAAGACAAAUCGCACAUCACAUUCAACAAAUGCCCAAAAUCGGCUUAUACUAG